CAAGCUCGAAAAAACAUAAGUGGAGUUGGCAUAUAUCUUGAAUCAUUAUGUUUUUAAAAUAUAGGCAAGCCAUUGCAUGGUACCACAAAGUUGUUUUCCCUUCCAAAAUACCUGUCUUCUUCUCAGGCCUCAUCAUCAUCCAUGGAUUGGUGGAAUACGGUAUGCUAGCCAUAUUAGUAACUUUUCUGACUGAUAACCCGGAAUUUCCGCUACCAAAGGCAGCUCAAAUGGUGAAUAUACAUGAAGGACUCUCAUCGCUUCUCGUCAUUGUGGUUGCAGAACUUUCUGACUCCUACUUUGGUCGUUUAAACUUAAUUCUCUUCACCCAUACUGCUUUUAUAUUGGGACUGGGGAUGAUAUGGUAUGAAGCACAUCGCCAAAGUAUUAUAGCGUUGUAUGGGGCACUGGCAUUGUUAACUGUUGGUAAAGCCGGACGAGAUGUAACAUUGAAAGCAUUUCUUGCUGAUCAACUAUGGAGACGAUCUAAAGGGGAGGAUCCAAACCUUGAAGAGGAUCAAGAAGUUGUAGGGAUACGUCGAAAACUUAUAUGGCGAGUUAACUGGAUUUUAGGUAUAAUUGCAGCAACUUUAUGGUAUCGGUACUCUACAGAUGAAGAGUUGACGUGGAUGAAAGUUGCAAAGGUAUGUACAAUGGCAAUGGUAGCAGCAUUUUCUGUGUUCUUGCUAGGCAUCCCAUUCUAUGUACGCAACGCUCCAUCUCCUAGCCCCAUUCUUUAUGUUUUCAACGUUGUUAAAGCAGCAAUCUUAAAGAGGCGCCUCGAUUAUCCAGUUUCUGCUAGUCAGUUGUUCAAGAAUGACAGUACAAGUGACCCACAGAUUUUUCCUCAUAUUCCAUUCCUCAGAUGGUUAGACAAAGCGGCGAUUUUGGAACCAUCAUCGCCUCCAAUAGAGCAAGCUGAAACUGCAGGCAGACUUUUUGAGGUAGCAAAGGUGAAGGAUGUGAAGCGUUUGAUAAGUAUGUUUCCUCUUUGGUCCACUUUUUUUGUAUACAGUCUCGUACAAGCUACAGAAAGCACCUUCUUUUACUUACAAGCUGACUUCAUGGAUGACCAUCUUGGGAAGUUUUCCCAUGUCCCAAUAGUAGUUUUUGUUAUCAUCAAGACCUCUACAAGUUCCAGUGUAGCAUUCCUAUGUGAGUUUCUCAAGAAAAAAGCAAGUCCUGCACCACCACGACGUCCUCCACUGUAUAGAAUUCUACUUGGAAUGUUGUGCUCUCUUUUUUGUUGUCUAACUGCUUGGCGAGUCGAAGUUUACAGGCGUUGUAAACUGCAAUUAUGGGUGGAUGACUAUAAUAACGAGCACUACGAUACUAUAAUUGGUAUGUUUUGGCUAACACCUCAGUUCAUCUUGGCUGGCCUUAUGGAUGGACUUUCGUCGAGUGGACUCCAAGAUUUCUUUGAAACUCAAGUUUGUGAUUCAAUGAAGGGUUAUGGUCCAGAAUUCAGUGAAUUCGCCACUGCCAUUGGCAAAUUCUUUAGUGUGAUGAGCAUCCUCAUUUUCAGACCGUGGUUUAAGGAAGACGUAAACAGAAGUCGUUUGGACAAGUACUAUGCUAUGUUAAUGGUUCCUACCUUCCUUAACUUUUGCUUCUGCUGCUUUGUGAGCAACUGGUAUGCCAAUCAGCAGCAGCCCCAUGACAUUGACAUUGACAUGGACGUAAACAUUGCUCAAGAAUCCCAAGAAGUUUCGACAAAUAAUCAGAAUUUGGGCUUUGACAUUAUUGCUCAUCAAGAAUUAGAAGAUGGUCCAGUAGAAACAGUCACGGAGCCGACAAGUUCAUUAAGGGUGUUUGAAAGGAACUAACCGAAGGGGUUCAACAUAUACAAUAUAUACACAGUAGGGGGUUCGGAUGAAUCCCUGAAUAUAUGCUAGAUCCGCCACUGAGUAGAAAUCGUGACAAAUUAUGAACUAGAAGCUUCUAGAUGAUAAGGUGAACACUUAAAUAACUAACUCUUAAGCUUGUAACUAACUUUGUGAAGCUAUGUAACUAACUUAACUAAUUAUGAUGUGAAAGUUACUGUUUAACAACUAACUUUGUGAACUCAACUUGUCUUCUUUUA